AAAACGCGCAAGGGCUUCCCGAGAGUUAAAAGGUUAAAAAAAUACUUCGCGUAAAACAAACCUAAGAAAUUAGAAUGGCGUUAAAAUGUCGAAUGGAAAAUAAACCUUAGUUUUAUACUUUGAAGGGCAGUGCGUAUGAUAUUGUUAAAGUAUUGAUUAUUUUUGUAAGUCGUUUGUACAUAAACUUAAUGGCAGAGAAGAUGGCGGAAAGCAACAGUGAACAGUUCUCUCUGCGCUGGAACAAUUUCCACUCGAACCUGUCGACUGGCUUCCACGCGCUCCUGCGAGGGGAGGACCUGGUGGACGUCACGCUUGCCGCCGGCGGGCAGUUUGUCCAGGCCCACAAGCUGGUGCUGUCUGUGUGCAGCCCCUACCUCAAGAGCUUGUUCAAGGCGAAUCCUUGCAAGCACCCGAUAGUGAUCCUGAAGGACGUGGGCCACAAGGAGCUGGUGCACAUCCUGGAGUUCAUGUACCGCGGAGAGGUGAACGUGCGGCAGGACGACUUGACGGACUUCCUGAAGACGGCCGAGAUGCUGCAGGUGAAGGGGCUCGCAGGAGACGACACACCGGCAAAUUCCUGUGCAACCCAGGAGCCAGGAAAGCAGUCGCACUCAUCUCCAGAGGCUGUGAAAACUGAAGAAGCUCCUGCUCGGCCAGCGAAGCGUGCUCGCACGAGCAAUCCCCUCCCCUCUCAGCCAGCUCCCUCCGUCUCCCCGCGGCCUGUCCAGGCAGCCUCCCCUGCGUUAUCUGUCGCCUCCUCCUUGACCAACGAUAGUCCGCGGCAGCUAGACUUCAUAGACUUGGCCAAAACCAAAGACGAGCCCGUCGACUACGAUUCCGACACUGAGAAAGUUGACGAACAUCCAUCCGUUGUGCACAACAGGGUUGAAUCUUUUGCUUCGAACAUGCAUAAAGAGGAAGAAAUUAGUACGUCUUUUGUAUCGAACUUCCACAAAAAUGAAGACAGUUUUAUGCACUUACUAAGCAGUGGUGACAGCAGUCAACAUCAUGAUUCAUCACUUGACCCCCCGGGAAUGUUCCGGAGCCUUCCUCCGAUGACGGGUGCCCUGGCGCAUGACUCCGGGGGCAGCUCCCAGGAUGGUGGCCAAGGGAUGGUGAAUUUUGUGAGGAGCCAAACCGGCACCACAAUCAUAAUGUAUAAUGGCUUCAUGUACAACAGGAACCGUACAGUGUCGGACAGGAUUUAUUGGGCGUGCGCCUCUUACAAGAAGACAAACUGCCGCGCACGUCUUGUCACCACGGACAACUCUCAUCUCGUCACUGUUACCGACAGUGAGCAUAACCACAUGCCAAAGAAACAUACCUUCUGGAGAUAAACAUUCUGGUCAUAAAAAAAUGUUGGACUUUUUUUUAAAUUAAUUUUGUAAAUGUACUUUUAGGUUACCCUAAGAGUGUAUUCUGUCAGACUUGGCAACAUUAGUAUAAAGUUCAUAGGCUUUCACUGCCAUUUAUAAAUUGGCGUGUGGGUUUUUUCUGCAUUUGUUUGUAAUUAAAUAUUUAUGAUAUUUCUGUAGUCAUUGCAUGUUCCAUCAUCAGGGUGGCAUAUUGCAAUUAUAACAUUGAACCAAAUGUUGGAAACUAUUUCUUCCAGCUUGAUUUGGCAAUAACUCACAAGCUAAGCCAGUUUGGAACCAAUAGUAGUAGUUUUUUUUGUCAUAUGUUAAAAAUGAGGUGUCUUAGUAAGCACUGACAAACGUUAAGGGAUUCACUGCAAAAUAUCACUUAAGAUUAAUUUUUAUUAAAAUAACUAAUGUAGUUGAAAGUACUGAUUAAGUGUCAUAUAGAGAGUCAGGCAGCAUAAGAGUAUGACUCAUGAAAUGGAAAGUUAAUGUCAAUUUAUACUUUAUAGAAUGAGAUUUAUCAAACUUUUCAAAAAUAAAGGUUUUCUAGACAAAAAAAAUGAUAAACUUCUUUGUUUUAUACAUAAAUUUUCUCUGAAUAAAGUUAAAAAAAAAAAAAAAUUCUGGUUAGCUUCAAGACAUAUAAAUCUGUGUAUAGGGGAUGAUUUAUAUCUUCUGUAAAUACAUUUUCUAUUGCUUUGAUUGCCUAGCACAGUAUCCAGAUGUCAACCGUGAGGCACGGUUACAGUGCAAUUAUGUUUUGUGGAACUCUUGUGCAUUGCGAGUUUGUGUUAGUUUAUGUUAGUUAAUCCCAUAGUAAUUAUACUUUACAUAUGUAGUAGUGUUCAUGAACCCUCUACAACUACUCCUUGUACAUACAUUUUAUGGAAAAUGGCUGAAUAAUUUCUCACAUUACAAUAAGGUGAUUAAUUCCGACAGUGUCAUGUUGCAAGGCUAAUACUGUAGUGGAGUGUAUUCAGUCUAUUAACAUAAAAACAAACCAUUGUAGAGCAAGUUGCAUUUAAGGGACAUCAGUUAUUUCUAUAACUAUGAAACAAAUUUGUAUGUAAGGGUCUGACAAGGGGAAAAGCUACAACUUUCGGAUCACAGACUUAUUUCAAACUUUGUGCACUUUUAGUAGUCCAUUGGGAAAAAAUGUGAUAGUAAGCGGUACAUUUAUUAUUACUUUAACAAAAAUAAUUAAUAACAAUAGAGCAGUCUUACACAUUGUCAAAUAUUAGUUCAUUAGGUAUCCAGAUAAAUUAUUUGUUUAUGUAAUAAAAAUCAACACGAAUAAAUUGAGGACUUAGCAGGGAUUGUCACCAACUUCACAGCUAGUAUGGGUGGUUAGACUUAUCAUCUUAGCCAGUAAAAUUUUAUUAUUAUAUAUUAUUCUUAACUGCUGAAUCACCUUGUAGGGAGCUGAUCUCCUUAGAGGGACUUGCAUGUUACUGGUGCAUCUACCUCAAGACUGAUCUUGAUCAGGGGGUACAUCUUUAUCCACGUAGACAGGUUACGUAGUAUCACAGAGAAUUCUACCAGUUUGAUUCCAAGGGAGCCGAAACCCUUCCAGUGAGCCUAAAUGACUUUUCAGUUUACAUCUUAUUCGGAACUUAACACCUAUAACCACGAACUCGUUACCAUGGGUUACAAUGACCCAAGUGAGCCCUGUGCAACCAGUAAAACCAACUUUUAAACCUGCGCCCGUGCCGGUCUUUCUCAGAACUGUCCUGUGUUACCGCACCCAAUUUUCAUAACCAGGGCUCAGGCUAGCUGAGUGAGGACCUAGUUCGCCAGCAACCCAGGGGAGCAGUGUGAUCUGAUUUUGCACGACCUGGAAAUGUCAGCAGACGGUUGCGCCAGGGCACACAGCUGAGCAAACACCACCUUCAGGAAUCUGUUGCGCUUGCACUGCCGGUGUCCAUGUUCGCUGAAGCUCCUGUAACCAAAUUAUGCCACCUCGUGACUGUGACACCCACACAGAGCCCAGACAAUGGUAACACAAAAAUUUCUGACACAACUCGUACACAGCGUACAAAACUCUUUCCACACCAUUUGGGAUAAUCUAGUUAUGGAAUAUGCACAGUGCCAAUCAUUUUGACAGUUUAUUGGUAUUGAAUAUGGUCUGAAUGUCUUCAACAUAUGGUUGAUUCAGGAAAGACAGUUUAAAGCAAAAAUCCUAAACCUAUGUGUGGCAACAUAUGAACACUUUUUUUACCUUUAUAUACAAUUUGAAUGUGUCUAGUGUAGUGUUUACAGAAAUAAAGGUAGUGUUAUGACUUAAAAAUUGCUUGUGAUGUUUAGAACAUAUUUUGUUUUAUAUGUACUAUUUGUGUAAAGCUGUAGAAUUUUUUUGAAGCUGAGGCACUUGCCUAGGAGAGCGAAAAUAAACAUACUAAUGGCUGAUGAGUUCUUUUCUCAAGAAUAACUUAUUAUUAUUUUUGAGGUCUUUGUAUUAAUAUAAUUUAAAAGCUAUUGUUCAUGCCUGCAUGUCAUAUAUAAAAUAUAUAUUUAAAGUACAACCAAUGACAAAAAACAUAAAAAAUAUGCAUUAUAGACACUGUGUUUCAUUGCUUGUAUUCAUUGUAGGAGAGUAUGCAGUUGUGUUGUGAACAGUCAGUCAGGUGUAAUAAUUAAUAAAUAAAUUUUAUUUUUGUAACACUGGAAUUGUGAGGCCUAUGAUUCAGAUAAACUAUGGCUCCAUGCCGGAAAUCAUAAAUAAACAGUCUUUUAGUACAGGUAGAUAACAAGAGUGAUUUCAGAAAAAAUAAGAUGAUUCUAUAGUUUACUUGGCCGGGGAAAUUUGAAGACCUGUAGCGAUGUAGUAGGAAAACAAAAUUUUCUGGAAGCUUUUGUGCAACCAAGGAAGGUUCUGUGUCAGGCUAUGUCAAUGAAAGAUUCCAGAAGGAGCAAUCGGCCUGAGACAUAGCAGACACACAUAAUAUGUUAUAUAGUGACUCACAAGUUGAGGUUUGGUUCAGACACGUCAAAGAGCUUCUAUAGUCCACGCGAGGCGCAGUGACCCACCCUGUACAUAGUAAUCUUUACUACGAGUCUGUAAGAUUGGCUAGGAUUUUCAAGCUUAUUCAUACCGAAUAAAAUAAUAACUUUGUGUUAAAAUGUAUCGAAUUGUAUGUUAUGGGAGAAGUAUACAAUAAAUAGCUAGAAUAUUUCUGAGAUCAUUAGGUAAUUGAAUUUCUUACUCCAACAUACCCACCCAGAAGAAGAGAUAUCCAUUCUGCUUGGGAAUACAACAAAACAUUUUGGUGUCAGAUGUGGGGUUGGAGUGGCUAUCACACCUGUAAAUAGGCAGCAUCGGUGGCGAUAGUACGGUUGGAGUGGCUAUCACGCUUAGAAAUAGGCAGCACCACAGCACUGUCAAAGAGUCGAGACGUCAACAGAACAACAAGCAACAAGAUGUCCUGUCUCGUGAGGAAGAAGUUAAGUGGCCGGAAAAUUGCAAGAGAAGAGGGAGAGAUAAGCAGCUGCACGGUGAGGCAUGAGAUAAAGAGGGCGAUGAAUCGGAAGACAUCGUCCGGCUACGACGAGGGUCCACGACAGGGCUCUUGAGCAUACAGUACUGAGCGAUAAUGACUUCAGAUAAUGAAGCAGCAUCAAACCAACGUCCAGGGCGGUCAGAAGAGGAUCGGCGCUCGUCGGGUGUAUCCAAUUUCACCAGCUUAACGUCAGUAGGAGUGACAUCGGCAUAGGUGUCAUCAUGCAAACAAGAGUUCCUACUGUAAGGUAUGUGUAAGGAAGUUUAGCAUUAUAACAUCAACAGACCUGCUAACUCUCACGAUUUUGGUGCGAGGCUCACAAUUUUAAGGUCCAUCUCACGCCCUCACGCCAAAAUAGUGUUUCCUCACGAUUUUUCGGGGCCCCAAGAUUUUGUUUGUAAAAGUUACAAAACAAGUUUCACGAAAGCUUACAGUAACGAGUUUCCAUCAAUACUCGAGUCACGUAAAGGAAGCAAUUUUGCGUUUUGUAGCGUGUGCCAUGCUGAUUUUUCUAUCUCGCAUAGUGGAAGAGGAGACACUGUGAAACAUGUCACUACAAAAAAACACAACUAACACGUGAAGUGUAUUGCUUCCAAUAAAAAAAUUAAUUUUGCUGUGAACAGUGAUAAUAGUGUUACACGAGCAGAAUGUUAUUUUACAUCUUUUUUAGUUGCGGCCCUGCAUGAUCACUACACGACAGCGCUAAAUUAUGUUCAACUAAAUUAAAUCUGCAACCUAUAAUUUGUUGAAAUAAAUUUUGAAGCAGAGACCAUAUAACAUAUGUACAGGUAUGUCACUUAAAUUUAAAGAUUCUCAUUUGUUGUUUUUUAUAUCUAACCUGUAUUUAUGGGCCUGAAAAUUUUUAUCGAGGACCUCAUGAUUUUUUAAAUUUGAAUGUUGGCAGGUCUGCAUCAACUACGAGUACAUUGAUAACAAUAAUAUUUUGCUGAUUCCUUAAAUCUUUUGAGAAAAAUAAUUAUUAUGGCUGAAAGCACAGAAGUAAGCGAUUCUGGUGACUUGUAAAUUUCAAUAACGGACACACUAAAAUUAAUUAGCCAACCAUUUGAUGGUAGUAAAAAUAACCUGCGUGAAUUUAUUGAUAAUAAAGAUACAUCAUUUGUGUUAGUAAAUCCUGGUCAACAUGGGGUCUUACUGAAAUUUGUGAAAUCAAAAAUAAUCGGGGAUGCAAAGGCAAAAUUCCUAGUAAGAGGAAAAUUGCACUGUGCGUAGGACUAUUGGUUAUUACGUGUAUAGGCUUUUCAAUGCACUGCAAGGUAAUGUUGAGUCUGUUGCAAACUGGGGUAGUAGAGUAGACACUAUGGUCACUGAUCUAAAGGAGGCCACAUUACAAUUAUGUAUAGAACCACAGGAGCAAGGUGUGCUUGCCCUAAUUCACCAUUUGGCACACGCAUGCUUUACACAAGGGUUGAAUAACGAUCAAAUACAAACGAUCUUGAGGAGUAAGAGUUCUCAAAUCAACACACUAGGAAUGAUGGUAGAAGCAGCAUUAGAAGAAUAAUCUAACUGGUUGUCUCAGAAGGAGAUAAACCGUGCAGUAUCCAGCAAGAUAGCCAUGACCAUUUCACGCAACUUAUGUACAAACUACAGUAAAUAUGGGCACAAGACCGACAAAUGUCUCUUAAAGGGGCCUAUGAAAAAGGGACACUUAACUAAUAAAAAUGUACACGUGAAUAGAAUGCAGGAGUAUGAGGGAAAAACUUUUUAUACACCUGUUACAGAUAAUGACGAGACAUUAGGAAGGAAGGAGGACUUCAAAAGAAAUAUGCAAAAUAGAAAGGAUGUAACAUGCUAUGUCUGCGGCAAGCAAGGAUACGUCGCUAGGGAGUGUUACCAUAGGAACGGAACAAACCGGUUUUGUGAGAAAAUAGGAAAAGAUGUUGAACGGAGUAUGUAUGGGAGGUCCACCCACCCUCACAAAAAUAGUACAGUUUGCCAGGAAAACAAUAACAAUAUAAGGAAAGCGACUACAGUUAAAAUAACAGGGAAACUAACAAGGGGGCUAGGCAAGUAGCCGGCCUGGAGCUCUCAUGAUGAAGGUUGUAAUAGGCAGGAAAUGUUGCAGAAAAAACACGGGGCAAGGAAAAAAUUAUGUGUGGGGAGUAGUACCCACACUAGCGCCAUAAUAGUGAGAAUGGCAGAGAUUGGAAGUGAAAUAGAGUGCUCCGAUAUAACAAUAAUAAAACAAAAAAUUUAAAAGAUAAUAUAUCUUAUGUUAACCGUUCUGAAAAAACUAAGAUAUGUGGACUAACCACACGAGAGAUGUACACCCGCGGGGCGAUAACUCUCACGUUCAUGCUAUCCGAUAGAAAAAUAAUGCAAAAAUGCCAGGUGAUACUCAAAAGUCCGCAUGAGUGUAUAUUAGGACAAUUUCCUAAGUACGUGUGAAGCAGUGAUAAAUUUUGAGAACAACACUGUGAAGAUAGGAAGAAAAAUAAUUUAUUGUGUAAAAAAAUGAUAGUAAGAAUGGCAUUUCAGAAAUUCGUGUUCCUGCUAGAUGCUAAAGAAUAAUCAGUAAAUACGGAUUCUAAAGGAGUAGGGAUAGUCGUUAAACGCGAAUUAGCACCAGGAGUCUACAUAGGAAAUAGCUUAACUGUGGUGAGAGGGGGCAAGUGUGUUUGCUCUGUUGUAAAUAUGAAUGAACACGAAGUAAAAAUCAAUGUUCCCACCAUAGAAUUGGAAAAAUGUGAAUUAGGACAAAUAAAGUGUAGUUUAGAGAACACACAAGAACGAAGGUCUGAAAUAUUAGAAACAUUUCUGUACUUGGAACAUUUGCAUGAAAAAGAGAAAGAAUCCCUUAAAAAUUAUGUACAGAAUUUUUGAAUAUUUUUCAUUUACUGGGCGAUAAACUGUCAUGCACUAACACGAUAGACCACAGUAUACCAGUCAAUAGCACCUAUAAAUGUGCUACCGAAUAGACUUCCUGAGAUUCACAAGGAGGAAGUGAGAUGGCAGGAAAUGCAGAUGAUCAACGGCAGUGUCAUUGAACCUAGUGAUAGACCAUGGAAAGCACCCAUCCUAGUAAUACCGAAAAAAAUUAGACACGUCAGGACAACCAAGAUUGGGAUUGGUCGUGGACAAUCAAAAAUUGAAUGAAGUGUCCGUAGGGUCAGUGCAUCCGAUCCCUUGUAUAGUGGUGAUUUUGGAUUAAUUAGGGCAAGCCAAAUACUUUAGCUCUCUUGAUUUAGCCAAUGGAUAUUUACAGGUGCGAAUGAAAAAAGAGUAUCAGGAGAAAACAGCCUUUAGCACACCAUCGGGACACUAUGAAAUGAAAAAAAUAAUGUUUGGUUUACUGUCAGGACUAGUAGUGUUUAGUUUACUUGGAUGAUAUACUCAUAUAAGGACAAUCCAUUGAGAUACUUAAUGCCAGGUUAAAGGAAGUAUUUACUGGACUGUGCAUGCUCAAUCUUAAGCUGUAACCAAAUAAGUAUGAAUUUCUGCAGAAAGAGGUCACAUAUCUAGGGUUAAAUAAUUAGUGACGAAAGAGUCAGACCAGAUCCCGCAAAAAUGGAGAAAAUAUACAAUUAUCCCAGACCUAAGAAUGCGAAGGAGAUAAAGGUGUUCUGUGGAUUAGCAUUUUACUAUAGAAGGUUAAUUUACAAUUUUAGUAGAAUUGCGAAACCGUUGUACAAUGUGGUGAAGAUAGAUGUAACCUUUUGUUGGGGAGAAAAACAGGAAAAAGCUUUCAGUGCUUCGAAAGGAAUUGUAACGUUCGAAACUGUACUCCAGUACACAGAUUUUGCCAAUCCUUUUUUAUUGACCACAGACACUAACCAGUUAGCUUUGAGAGCUAUACUGCCCAUGAGGAAGUAGGUAACGACAGACCAAUAGUAUAUGCAAGUCGUACACAGAAUAAUGCAGAACAAAAUUAUUCUACGACCGAGAGAGAGAGAGAUGCUCACGAUAGUGUGAGCCACGAAGUAUUUGAAACUUUAUUUAUUAGGGAGACAUUUCAUUAUAACAGAUCACAAACUUUACAAUAUCUAUUUAGUGUAAAAGACCCUAGUUCUCGCUUGUUAAAAUGGAGACUAAAACUAGAAGAAUAUUCGUGCGAGAUAAGGUACAGGGCUGGAAAAACUAUAACCCAUGCAGACACAUUAAGUAGGAUACCAUAAAUUGAAGAGAAUGGGAUGAAUUAUUGCGAGUCAGGCAUAGAACCCGCGAUCAUUGAGGAGAAAGUACUACGGCAUUCAAACAACGGGAAAACCAGAAGUGAUGUAACCAGUGAGGAAUGAUUGAAAAUAAUUAAGAAAUUUCAUGACACACCCGUAGAGGGGGCUGCAAGGGAUGAUACGUACAUAUGAGAGAAUAAAGCAGAAUGUUAAGUGGCCAAGUAGGAAAAAGGAUAUUGAUACAUUUAUAAGGCACUGUGACUUGUACCAACGCAAUUAACUGACCAAGUCACAUGUUGGAAUGUCAUUAGAAAUAACAGAUACACCGGGAACAGUGUGGGAGAAAUUUAUUAUGGAUUUAGUUAGGCUGCUACUGGAGAGUGAUAAUGGUAAUAAAUAUUUACUUACAAUCCAAGACCUAUUCUCAAAAUAUACCGUAGCAGACCUAUGGCUAAUCAGACAACAGGGUUGGUGGCGGAAGCAUUUGUAAAUUAUAUAAUAUUAAAAUUUGAUAUUCCGCAAAAAUUACUUGCGGACCAAGGAGGGAGCUUUACGAGUGAUUUAUUCCGGAGAGUAUGCUAAUUACUGAAAAUUUCCAAAAUUAAAACCAGUGCAUACCAUCUACAAAGCAAUGGAGCAGUGGAGAAGUGGCACUGGGCAUUAGCUGACUUUUUAAGACAUUUUGUAGCACAAAACCAAUGUGAUCAGGAUCAGUGGACAAAUUACGCAACAUUUGUGCUUAAUACCAGGGCUACCGGAGUCUCUUCUUACGUGCUUAUGUUUGGUAGAUUACCAAACAUACCAGGCUGGUUGCAGGAAGAACCAGUUGAAAUUAAUUAUAAUUAUGAUGAUUAUGUAAAAGCUGUAAAAGAAAAAUUGUAGGAAACACAUAAAUUAGCUCAAUAAAAAUUGAUAUAAGUAAAGGCGCUAUGUAAAACAGAUUACGAUAAAAGGAUGAAUGUACACUUAUUUGAACCAGGGGAAAAAGUUUUACUGUAUGACGAAAUGGUAAGGAGAGGACGAUCCAAGAAACUGUGCUGUCAAUACAUAAGUCCAUAUAUAGUUACAAGUGUAGAUGGAGUAAAUGUUACCAUACAAAAAAGAGGAAAGACUCUUAAGGUGCAUGCAAAACAACUAAAAUCAUACUAUUAAUAUUGUUGCAAAAGGACCACCAUGACCCUGAUGGUCAUCCUUAUCAGCACAAUUACGACUGGAAUAGGCUUAAAUAUGAGUGUGCAGAAGAUAGAAGAUUCGUCAAGUAUAUUUUAUUAACACUGUGGAGAAGUACAACUGUAUAACACACAAUGGCAUUUGGUGACUUACUCAAACAUGAGUCAUUUAGGGGAAAACAAAUAGACUAUCAGGGUAUACAUACAUGCCUAAUGGCUAAUCUGUGUGCUAGAGAACAAUUACAAUACAAAAAUAAAACUUUGUGUACUGCUAAUAUUAAUAAAAUUGUUAACUAAAUAGACUCAGUAAAACAGUUGCAUGAUGUAAUAUUAGAUAUAAGUUCUAGUGAUAGAAAACUGAAGAGAAGUAUUUUUCCUUAAAUAUAAUUGGACAGCUAAGCAAGGUAAUAUUUAGUACCUUAGAUGAGAAUGAUGCUAAUUUUUAUAAAACUAAAAUAAGGCAAUUAGAAGAUGAAGUUUUCUUAGGUUAAGCAAAGAGCAAAUGUAUUUUGUUCAAUCCACCUUAGAAACAAAUAAUUGCACAACUAAUGAAAUAUUAUAUUAGCAAGACAAAAUGUAAUUGAAGACAGACUUAAAAAAAUAAUAGACGAGAUAAAUAAAAGUAAUGAGCAAAUGUCAGGAAUACUAUCCAACCAUAAAAUUAAGAAUCCUAGUGAAUGAACAUAUAUAUAUAUAUAU